AGCUUUUACCGACAAACGCUAUACAGGACGUAAGUUACAUGACAUAGUUAGUGAUAAAUCUAGAUUUAUAUAAAGAAUUUUCUUAGUUUAUUGAAUUACGUCCGGUGGGUAUUAGGCAAGUUUUGUGGGUGACGAGAGAAGCAUUAUACCGGCUUUAAUAUGCUGGUUCGAAUGUUGAAAGCUCCCGCAUGGUCGGUAAUAUCAAAACCUGCAGGAAUAACUUGCAAAUAAGACAACAUAACAUGAGACAUAACCUUAUUAGUUGACUUAUGGUUUGUAUGCCAUCCGUAAAUAUGUUUGUAGUUUGUUUGUUGCUUCGAAAUUUGAAAUUAUUUUGGUGAGAUCACGUAAACCACUGAGUCCUGAUUAUUUGUUAUUGCAAAAUUUUUUAUUUUCUAACCUCUCAAAAUUGCAUUUUAAUAAAGCCAGUCUCAUAGCUGAGUCUUGGAAACAUUGAUUCAGUUUUGCUAACACGAUUUGGUAAAUAACAAACAUGGGAUCAAGUAAACGCCACAAGUCCGAAAAAAGUCGGGAAUCGAAAAAGAAGCGACACAGAAGUCGCUCCCGAUCUGUAUCGGUAGAACGCGAGAGAACGGAAAGACACUGCAAGCAUCACAAGAAGCACAAGAAGAAAGAUCGCAAGGAUUAUGACAGUGAUGUGGAGAUCGUUGGUGUUCCACCGCCACCAAAGAUAUCAAGGACAAUACACCUGUCGACCCCACCACCACCUGAAAUUUAUCAAACUUCCAGAGAAGAAAGAAGAGACUAUAGCUUUGAAGACAGAGUUAGAGAAGAACGAGCUAGAGACAAUAGACUUAGAGAGGAUAGAGGGAGGGAACACAGGGAAGAUAGAAGCAGAGAAGAAAGGUUGCCUAAUAAGCGCAGAUCCCCUUCACCACCAAAAAGUCGAAAAUCCCACGAAUCACUGUCUAUCGAGGAAACAAAUCGGAUAAGAGCCAAGCUUGGAUUAAAACCUCUGGAAGUCGAUAGUGGUCCAAAAGAGGGUGGUCCUCCAAAUCUUAUAAAAGACGAUUUAGGAGAAUUCCUGCAUAAACCAGCUGUUAAUGCAGCUGAAAAAGUAAAGCAGGAAAAACUAAGAGAGAAGCUUGCCAUAACUAAGCAAAAAAGAGAGAUUCAAUCAUCGCUUGCUGCUGUUAAAACAUUGGGUGAAGGUGACGAUGAUGAUCUCAACACUGAGAAAUGGGCUAGCAAGUUUGCUCAAAUCCAAGAAGAAAAAAGAAAGGCAGCAGAAAGAGCAAAGAUGUUGGACCAGAUGGAUGAAGCGUUUGGGGGAAUUGGUGAUUUAGUCAAGGAAGAUAUUCACAAUGACUUGAAAAAUGCUUACACAAACAAAGACUUGAAGGGUCUAAAAGUGGAGCACAGUUUGAAUAAUUUCAAUGAAGGCGCUUCUGUCAUAUUGACUCUAAAAGAUCAAGCUGUCCUAGCAGAAGAAGACGAUGUUCUAGUAAAUGUUAAUAUGAUUGAUGAUGAACGUUAUAAGAAGAACGUCCUAGUGAAAUCCAAAAAGCCAGGAUACGACGCUUACGACGAGAGUCAUUACGAUGAAUACGGGAUGCCUCUUGGUAAAGUUUUAGAUAAAUAUGAUGAAGAAAUAGAAGGCGAAAAACGAGACAGUUUUGCUAUUGGCAUGGUUGAUGCCAAAGAAAUUAAAGAAAGACAAGUUGCUAUGGUAAAAAAUCGCCUAGCAAACAAGCGAUUAGAAAGUUUGCAAUUGGCUGAGCCAAAGAUAGCUAGCGAUUACUAUAAUGAAUCGGAACUGGAGAAGUUUAAAAAACCAAAAAAGAAAAUAAGAAAGUUCCGAACUAAAAAAACUUUAAAAGCCGAUGAUCUUUUAACUGGUACUAAUGAUUACUUAAGAGAUUUAGGCAGUAGACGACGUCGGCACGCAAGUAAUGUUAUCGAGAUUGAUGAUUUAGAAGAACCCGCAGAAGAUCUCAGCGGGGUAAAAAUAGAGGAAGAUGAUCGCGACGUUGAACGAAUAAUUAAACAAAAAUGGCAAAAAAUAAAAGAGCCUGUCGUACCGAUAAAGCCGGAACAAAUCGCUUUAACAUUGAAGCAAGAAGCAGAUAUGACCAGCGAAACAGACUCAGCAGGAAACAUCAUUCUUAAUUCCACAGCCGAAUUUUGUCGAACGCUGGGUGAUAUUCCGACUUAUGGUCAGGCGGGUAAUCGGGAUGAAAAUCAUCAAGAAUUAAUGGAUUUCGAAAUGAGCGAGGUGAAGCAAGAAUACAUAGAUGAGGAAAUGAAUGGUAAAUGUGCUUGGAAUUCGGUAGAAAUGGAUGAUGACUCUGUCAUACCUGUCGGAACGGAAGCGGCAAUUUUGGAUGCCGAACCAUCCCUUGAUCAAGGAGUUGGGGGAGCAUUAAAAUUGGCAAUGAGUAAAGGAUAUCUUCAAAAAGAAGAUAGUAAUCGUCCCUCUGCAUCAAGAUUUGCUCACCUAAAAGCGCAGAAUUAUUCCAUAGAAGAUAAGACAUACGGUGAUGAUGACAAAUUCGGGCGAAGAGACAGGUUUAGUGGACCAACGUCAGAUUUCAAAGAAAAAGAUGGAUUCAGACCCAACGUGAAAUUGGACUAUAUAGAUGAUGAUGGCCAUAUUUUAAAUGCUAAAGAAGCAUUCCGGUAUUUAUCGCAUAAAUUUCAUGGCAAAGGUCCGGGUAAAAAUAAGGUUGAAAAGCGAAUGAAAAAAGCAGAACAAGAGAUAUUAAUGAAGAGAAUGUCUUCAACGGAUACACCAUUAGGCACAUUGAAUCUUUUGCAAGCCAAACAGAAAGAAACACAAUCACCCUUCAUCCUCCUAAGUGGUAGUAAGCACAUGCAAACGGCUAGUAUUUCGAAAAGUAAAAAUUGAAAAAAUUGUACAUAUUAUAUUUUUUGUUUACAUGUAUGAUAAACUAUAUAAAUAGUUUAUUCUAUCAAUUAUAAUUUUGACGUAUUUUCAUUUAUUGUUUGAAAUUGCAAUUCUACAGUCGGAAAUGUGAAAUAUAAAAAAGUUCGGAAUCUCCAUAGAGUAUUUAAUCAAAAAAAAAAAAAAUUGAACAUGUAAAUUGCAAGAAAUACCGUUUGUUAUGCCUUUGCAAGAGCUUUUGAUUUGUUUGAAAGCUCUUACUUAUUAUAAAGCAUACAUAUUUUCGAUACUUGGUUAAAUAUCGACUGACGAAAAAUGUAGAAAGAAUUCAUUAUUGUUUCGAUGUUAUUAAGAAAAUUUGAUGGUAAAUAAAGAGGUGUAAUGUUUUAAACGACGCGGAUAAAAUUGUAUAUACGAAAUGAAAUAAUGAAUGAAAGGUUCCUAUAAAUGUAAUGUGUUUUAGGUAUAUUUAACGCGCUCAACAAAAAAUGUUAUAAUAAUAAUUCUAAAAAAACUUGUGGGCCUUAUGAUAAUACAGAAAAAAAAGUAUUGGUUUUAACCAAAAAAAGUAGAGUCAUCCUGAUAUGACUCAUAUUUCCAGGUAUGUUAGAAGCCUUAGGGCUAUUACAUCAUUGAGGGACACUGGUGGAAUAUUUGAAUAUAAGUAUAAAAACAAUACAUUAUCAAGCGUAAAAUUGAUCUGAUAAUCGCA